AUGCGCGUAACCCGCUUGACGCUGCUCGCCGCGGCGCUGGCCGUGUCUGUGUGCGCUAAAGACGCCGCCCCCGUGAAGGAAGACGCCGGCGAGUGCCUCGCGCCGUCCGCCGUCACCGCGCUCGAGUCCAAGGUCGACCAGCUGCAGCAGUCGAACGCCGCGCUGCAGCUCCAGGUGGACUCGCAGGCCGCCGACAAGACGCGGCUGCUGGCCGACGUGGCCCAGAAGCACGAGGCCAUCGUGCUCAAGCUGCAGGGCGAGAUCGCGGCGCUCACGAAGGACGUGGAGGUGCUGGAGAAGGACGUGGGCAGCCAGAAAGAGGCCGUAGACAAGGCGCAGGCCGAGCUCAAGGCCGCGCUGGACAAGCUGGCGGACGAGAUCAAGCGCGCCUCGACGCUAGACAAGAACCUGCAGGCGCUGGAGAAGAAGAACCGCGCGAUGAGCAUGGAGCUGAGCGAGACCACGUCGGUGGAGCUCACGAUGGCCUCGCUGCUGUCGGCGUACUACGAUGACGCGCUGGUGGUGGCGGAGCAGGCGCUCGUCUUCGCCCAGCAGAAGCUGGACGAGCAGUCGGGCGCGCUCGACCACGUGCAGGUCACGAUCGAGGACGCCAAGAAGACGGCAUGCGACACCACGAGCAAGUUCUACCAGGACAACUUGGCUGCCACGCUCGACCCGAUCCUCGUGGACGUGCACAAGUCGGUGCACCCGCACCUGGAGAAGUAUCUGCCGAUCGUGCAGCAGAAAGUGGCCAAGGCCAAGGAGCAGGCCGUGGUCUACUCGCAGGAAGCUCUGCGUCGCGCCAAGUUGGCGCGCGUUGAGGCGAUCACGCUGCUGGAGCAGAACGAGCACGUGGCAAACCACGCGCAGAAGGUGGUGGACGGCGUGCUGGUUGUUUUGGCGGUGCCGCUGGUUCUGUUCCAGAUCCGCUUGGCGCUGCGCCUCGUGUGGUGGCUGUUCACGACGACGCUGUGUGUGCUGACGUGCGGCCUGUGCUGCCGAUCUCGCAAGCGCUGCUACAAGAACAAGCGCAAAGGCAUGAAGAAGACGCCCAGCGUUAACGCGAGCUUGAACGCUCCUCUGAACGGCCCCUCGAAGAAGACGACUUCUUCCUCUAGCAAGACCACGUCGACCACCCAGAAGCGCAGCAAAAAGGGCAAGAACUAG